AUGGGUAGGGUUGGGAAGACCACCCUUGCUCAAGUUGUGUACAAUGACGACAUGGUGAAGGAGUAUUUUGACCUCAAAGUAUGGGUUUGUGUUACCCAAGAAUUUGAUGUCUCUGGAAUGAGAAGGACUAUUAUAGAGGCAAUCCCUCUAACAUGUGAUGCAUCAGAUCUUAAUCAUCAACAGAUUAAGCUCAAGGAGUUCCUCAGCAAUAAGAGAUUUCUCAUCGUUUUAGAUGAUGUAUGGAACGAGAACUAUAUUGUAUGGGAAAUCUUACGGCGUCCUUUUGAAUAUGGGGCACAGGGAAGUAAGAUCAUAGUCACAACACGAAGUGAAAUUGUUGCAUCAACCAUGCUCACUGUUCCAAUUUAUCAUUUAAAAUUAUUGUCAGAUGAUGAUUGUUGGUUGUUAUUUGCUGAGCACGCAUUUGAAGGGAUAGAAUUGGAUACAUUUGCUAAGUUGAGAGAUACAGGGAGAAAUAUAGUGAAAAAAUGUAGUGGACUACCAUUGACAGCUAAAGCUCUAAGGGGUCUCUUGCGCUCUAAAAGGGAUGAAAGUGAAUGGGAAAAGGUAUUGAAAAGUGAUAUAUGGGAUUUUCCAGAUGCUAGGAAAUUAUCAAUUUAA